GACUUACAGUGCCAGAGCGGGAGAGGCGGCUGCGAGGACGGCAGCGGUGGUGAGGAAGAACUUCAUUGUUGAAGAGUUGGGUUUGGCCCUCGAAAUUAGGGAUUAUUAAAAGGUAAGGUAUCAAUCAGCACGAGGCUUUGGUAUCGAGAUUUAAGAGCAAAGAAUCAGGACGAAGAUGAGCUGGGAGAAAAAAGCAGGCAGCGCAGCAUUUAUUGCACGCUCACCGCAUCGCACCGCCGCAUUGACAGCACGAAAACAGCGCCAUCGCCAGCACCGCAAGCGUUCAACAAAGAAGCCGGCGGCGCGCAUAGCAAGGGCCUCCUCUCACGGCGCCAGCAAAAGCGCAAGCCCGCAGCCGACCAAGGCGCGGAAAGCGGGCAUCCGGCCAACACGCCGAUCAGCCCAACCCCAAGCCGCAGCAUCAUCACCACCUGGAUCAGGGGCCAGCUCCCGCGCGGCCGCUAUCAAAAUGUCGCAGAUCCAGCAUGGCCAGGGUCGCAAUCAAUAGCCGCCGAUCCCUGGCCCCGGAACCGCGCAUUCCGCGCCCCAACCCCUCGCCUUACCGCAAGCGGCUAGCGCGGCGCGCGCGCAUUGGCUGCGCAGGAAAGC